AUGCCGUCCACAUCCCCCGCAUCGGCGAAGCGGCCAUCUAUGCAUGAGCGAUCUGCCUCAGGCCAGUCAUUGUCCUCGUCGGGAAAGCAGCAGCCUCAGAUUCACAAGGCGCACCGCCCUCACAUCGUCGGUAGGCAUAGUAGGACUGUGUCUGGCAAGAUCAAGCGCACCGAUUCUGGCGCCAACAUUACUGCCAAUGCAAAUCGCAACAACCACCAAAGAAAGAAGUCGGGAGCCUCGACACCUGGACAAAGCCCGAGAUCUCCUGGUCCGUUGACGAAGCGCAACAGCUCACAUGUCACUCUUCCCAAGAACCAUUCGGCAGGCAACCUGAGGAAGAACCACUCCGCUACAAUCCUAGGCACCGGACGACAGGGUUCUCAUAUAAAUCUGAAAAGGCAAGGUCUUGCUCCGACGCCCAAGCCAAAGGACGAGAACCAGAAGACUGGGUUCUUCGAGCUAGGCAAUCAAAGCUCAGGUGAAGAGGAGGAGGGCGAGUGGGAGGACUCAACGACGCAGUCCCCUGAGCUCACUCGCAACAACUCGAAGGCCAACUCGAAGUCCUCGACGCCUGCACGAGUUCCAACACCAGAUGAAGUACCGAGGAAGACAUCAGAUGCGACCUCGAGCAAGGUACUACCCGCCUCUCAGUUGAGGCCAGACAGCGCCUCCCGGGCCAUUGCAAAGCAACAGAACACCGAUGAAGCGAGUCAUCCGAAUCCCGAUCUCUUACAGCAAGCUCGAAGAGGCUCAAGAGCACCACCAGCAAUGUCAACUGUUUCCGCAGUCGCUGGUCUGGGUAGGAAUGACUCCAACAGGUCAUUCCAGCAGAUCAAUCACUCGGAAGCAGCUUCUACGCCAGACACUCCAGACCUCUCCGUAGCCGAAGGCUCGGCAUCAGCCGAUAAGGCGGUCUCGAGAUUCCUCAAAGAGCCAUCUACAUCCAGUGAUGUCAAGAGCAUGAUUGAUGAUGCGUCAGACGAGGAUUCUGCCACGUUCUUGAAUAAUUACAAACCGCAGCCAUCGCAGUCGCCCGAAAAGCCGCGGAGUGUCGCAAAGGCCCGCUUUUCCAGCAUCCCCUCACGGACACAACAGCGAUUAGAGCUCGAAAGAACAGAACAACUAAGAGCUCCGGGUGGUCCAACGACGCCGCCGGCUUCUAUGUUGCAUACGGGCGGAGCCUCCACGUUUUCGCUGCACAGUCGAUCAGGCUCACGGGGAAGGACCCGUUCUUACAUGGACGAUUCGAAAGCCCUGAAACUGAAUUACACUACAGCGGUCCGGCAACUUGAUGUGGUCCGCCGUUUCCGCAAUCCAAUAGUAGAGAGUCUGACACGGCUAAAGAACAAUGGUUCACUCCCGGCAGAUAUUGGUAUGAUCACGCCGAAAGGUGCAGCAUCAACAAAAAGCCGGCCGCCAAGCAGACGAACCGGCCAAUUCCUGGCCCCUGACCAGAACAACAGAAGCGGAAUAAGCCGAAGCUUGGAGGAGCAACAGAACGGGCCUUCCCCCCUCGCUUCGAGAUCGAGUAGUCGCGGACGAGGUGGCCGAGUGCAAUUUUCACGCCAGGGCAGUCCUGACGAUAUCGGCGUCACCCCUACGGGCGGCAGUGUCGACGGAGCAGAUGAUGACGGUCUGACACCUGAUGAGGCGUUGAUGAGGCGAUUGUGGAACUCUAGAGAUGUGUACGAUAACAUGAGCGUCCUCAGCCAGCCUCAGACACCCACCACACCAACAAGUCACACGAGCAACGCCAAACUCACCCUCCCUUCCGCAACAUCCAACAACAAUGUUCACUCCCCACCACUCCGACCCGCCAUCCAAACCCUACAACCACAACCCAAACACCUACACACCAACAUCCGCGCCCCCACCAAUGCCCUCCUUCACCACAUCAUCGACCUCGACCACUCCGCCAUCAACACCGCCGCCAUCUCACUCCUAAACCUCCUCCGCACCCCUCCUCCACCCUCCCAACCUCACGCCCUGGCUCUUCGCAACGCCCAACUCGCUUCACUACAACACCUAACCUGGCGCCUAAUCCGCCACGACCUCUCCGAAGAAAUCAUCAUGCGCCCCGCCUUCAUCCGCCACAUGGGCCCUACCCUCGGCGCCGCCGCCGCCGAACACGACAGGCUGGACCACGAGCAUGCCCGCCUUGUCCUACUUGAGCUCUAUCGUAGCUUCUCUGCGUGCUCUCUACACGAUGUACAGCGCCUGGCGCAACUCACCUCCCAGUUCCGGGCGUUGAUGACAGAGUUGGCGGAGCAUAUGAAGCGGGAAUCUGGAGAGGAGAUGCCGGCGCUGGAGAGGGGGCUGGGGAGAAGUGAGAGCGAGGAGUUGGGGAGGAGGUAUCAGGAGACGCUUGUGGUUGAGCCGGGGUUGGUGUUGGGGGAUGGUAGGAGGGUGUUUGAGGGUGGGGUGGGGGAGUAUGUGGAGUGCGGGAAGGAGAGAUUGUUGGAGGUUUGGGCAUGGUUGUGCAAGAGACGAGUUAAGCAGAGUGGUGUUGAGCACGUUGAUACCAUUGCGAAGUGUGCGGCGUUACAGCGACGGCGUCAAUGUAUGGGUAGUCACCUAGGUGCCGUAGGAGUUCAGAUCGCCGCCAUCGUCAUUGUCAUUAUCAGGCAGACUGAAUGA